ACGCUUUAAUAUGUUAACGUUAAAAAUGCUGUACACAUUUUCUGAGUGCUUAAAGUCACCCGUCAAUUGUUCUUAAUGGAUAUGUACAACCUCUUUAGAGGGGCCAUCUGUGGAGCAACAACCUCUAUACAACAACAACAGCCUUCAGAACGUUAAUGUAAGAAUAAAUGGAAUAAUGGCGCGCACUGUAGCUGUGAUAGGAGCCGGGGCAAGUGGUCUUACUGCAAUCAAAUGCUGUCUUGAUGAGGGUCUUGAACCCACGUGUUUCGAGAGGUCAGAUUGUAUUGGAGGAUUGUGGCAUUAUUCAGAAAAGGUAAAAGAAGGCCAUACAACAGUAAUGAGGAACACAAUAGCCAACGUGAGCAAAGAAUUUACGGCAUAUAGCGACUUCCCACCCCCGGUCACACAACCUAUAUACAUGCACAACAAAGACUUUGAGGAAUAUUUAAAGUUGUAUGCAAAUAAAUUCGACUUAAAGAAACAUAUUCAGCUUGAGAAAGAGGUUGUUCGCAUCUACGAAACAGAUGAUCACGAGGUCACAGGUCGUUGGAAUGUAAAAGUGAAGGACAUUUCCAGUAACAACGUUGAUGUUUUCACAUUUGAUGCUGUCUUGAUAUGCACAGGAGUUUUUUCAGAGCCAAAUAUUCCCAAAUAUCCCGGGUUGGACCAGUUUAAAGGAAAACUAAUUCAUACUCAUGCAUACAAGGAUGCCCGUGGGUUCGACGAUAAGAACGUGGUUGUUGUUGGUAUUGGCAACUCGGCUAUUGAUGCCGCCUGCGACAUAAGUCACGUGUCACGUCAGGUUUAUGUCAGUUCUAGAAAUGGAAGCUGGAUUUUAGGACGUUUAAGUAAAUAUGGUCAGCCUAUAGAUAUGACAAUGAUUUCACGUUUUAUGUACACAUUAUUGACGUUCUUUCCUUCACUAUUGAAUAAACUUAUGAUGAAACAGUGCAAUACCAAAAUAGAUCACUUUCAAUAUGGCAUAAAUCCAAAAUACACACCAGCAAGAUCUAGCUCCACCGUGAAUGAUCAACUGCCCUACAUGUUACUUAUUGGUGCAAUCAAAAUGAAACCAGAUAUAAAGUGUUUCUAUGACAACGAUAUUGAAUUCGUUGACGGUACACGCGUCAACAAUGUUGACGCGGUUGUAUUCGGGACGGGAUAUUUACCAAAAUUUCCGUUUUUGGACACAAGUGUAUUCGGAGAGGACAAGACGCAGCUCUAUCUGACAAUGUUCCCGCCAGACAGACAAAAACAGCAGACGAUAGCCGUGAUCGGCUGCUUCAGAAUUAAAGGACCCCUGCUUCCAAUUGCCGAGAUGCAGUCACGCCUGGCGACCAGAGUCUUCAAGGGCAAAGUUUCACUUCCUAAUCGUACAGUUAUGUACAAAGAUAUUGAGAAACAGAAGUUAUUGUCCAAGGAAAAGAGAGUGUAUUCUCUUCAGGCGGUCUCGCAGUUGGAUUUCUUCCCUUACAUGGAUCAGCUGGCUGGGAUGAUUGGCUGCAGGCCUAACUUCUGGAAGAUGUUUCUCACAGAUCUAGCAUUGGCUGUUCAAUGUGUAUUUGGACCUGGGACCUCUUAUCAAUUUCGGCUCGUGGGUCCCGGUAGCUGGGCUGGUGCGAGGGAAGCUAUUUUUACACAGUGGGAUCGCACUUACUAUACGCUAUCAGAAGGGAAGCAGAAGACAUUUAAGCCACGUCGACGAAAUAAACUUAAAUUAUUUCUCUUUGUGUGUUUAGUGUCGGUCGUUUUUACAGCAAUAUACAAGUAUGAUGUAUUUGAAAUCUACAAGCAGUAAAAUCCUUAUACGUGAACAAUGUGAACUGAAAUGAGGGCAAGAUUGGUGUGAAAAUGUACAUAUUCAUUUUAUUAUUUAAUUAGUAUAAUUGUAUCUGAUUUAUUAAAGAACAUUUCAGUUUGAUAAUAGUUCACAGAAACAUAGAUUUGUGUGAUUUUUCAGUAAUUAUGUAUAGUGAUGUUUAAAAGAUACAAAAUUUUAGCUGCAAGUCACGUUGACAUUGCCUGCAGUCCGCUCAAUAUAUCUUAAAUGCAAACUAAUCAUUGAACUUUAACUGUGCCAUAAUAUAGGAUUUUGUGAUUUUUUAAGGAAGACAAAAACAACAUUACUUUUGAAUACACGCAUUUGUAAAAAUAUGUUCUAACUAUGUAAUAAAAUUAUUGUUUUAUAUAAUAUACAUGUACUUUGUAUGCAUAAGGAAUGUAUUUCUUUCCAUUACCUGAGUAAACGUUGGAAAUUUAAUACA